CACUGAGGAUCUGCUGGGGCCUCUGCUUCCUCACGUUGUCACCUGGGCUGCCAGUCCCCAGACCAGAAACCUGCCCGUCUGAAGGUGCCCAGCACUGCCUCCCUUGGGUUUCACUUGCCUGAGUCCCUCCCCGGGACGACCCACAUCUCUGACGCCUGCUCCCUUGGGACUGAGACGUGUCUGGUCUCCAUCUUCCUGCAGACUCACUCCCAUCGUGUUGUUUUAUCUCAGGAUGGUUUACCGCCAGCCCAAGGUGCUAACACCCUCUAGGAAAGAUGUCCUUGUCCUCACCCCUUGGCUGGCCCCCACCGUCUGGGAAGGGACUUUCAACAUUGACAUCCUGAAUGAGCAGUUCCGGCUCCGGAACACCACCAUCGGACUAACGGUGUUUGUGAUCAAAAAAUACGUGGCCUUCCUGGAGCUGUUCCUGCAGACGGCGGAGAAGCACUUCAUGGUGGGACACAAGGUCUCCUACUACGUGUUCACCGACCGGCCGGGGGAUGUGCCCCGCGUGCCCCUCGGGGAAGGGAGGCAGGUGGUGGUCCUGGAGGUCCGGAGCUACUCGCGCUGGCAGGACGUGUCCACGCACCGCAUGGAGAUGAUCCGCAACUUCUCCCGGCAGAGAGAAGUUUUUCGGGGGGUCCGUGGCAAGGUUCUGCGGCUCACGUCGGCCUGUCACCAGGCCACGGUGGUCGACCGGGCCCACGGCAUCGAGGCCGUGUGGCACGACGAGAGCCACCUGAACAGGUACCUGCUGGACCACAAGCCCACCAAGGUGCUGUCCCCCGAGUACCUGUGGGACGAACAACUGCUGGGCUGGCCCGCCGUCGAGAAGAAGCUGAGGUAUGUGACCGUGCCCAAGAGUCACCGGGGCAUCCGGGACUGAAGACGGGCUGGCCUAGUGUCCGUCAGGGGUGCCACCCUGACCCCAGCCGUCAGAGCAGAUGGGCUGUCGCCGCUCCCUUUUUCUGUCCGGUCGCGGGACAUCGCCGAGGCAUCGCAUCGGGCACGGGCACAGUUAGGCCUGACCGGGGGCCUGCCGGGGGGUGCGGCUCCAGCAAGACCCCUUGCUCUUCGGGUUCCUGGUCAGAGUUGAAAGGUCGCUUGCAGCCGCGGGCAGGACAUGAAGGUGAGGCCGGAUCAGGACCCCCUUGGCUGGCGCCUGGCUUCCCGGCAGCAUGGGGCACAGCCCGCCGCCUGCUGGGGCAGGACAGCCCCCCCCCCCCCGGCCUCCCUCAGUCACUGCGGUUUUGUGGCUGUUCACUUGCCCUGUCACUGCCACUAAAAUAUUUCCGGCGCAUGACAGGAGUUGCGGGUUGUCCCGGAAACCUGCCUUGUGCGCUUCCUCGAGGCCCCGGCCAGGGCUGAGUGCUGCAGUCUCUCCACCUUGCGUCUCCCUUCUCACUUCAAGGACAGGGCGGUCCGCGUUGCCACUGCUAUUUCUCCGUGACAUUGGCCAACUGUUACAAUUUCUGGGUCACUUGCCGCUGUAAACAGCUCCAAUUUUAUGUCGGAUGCUUUUCUA